GAAUCUAAAACAUCGGUCAAACAAAUUUUAGGGGAAAGGGGAAAAGAAAACACUGAAGCUGUUCGCGGCAGACAGAAAUUCACACGACAGAGAGUAACAAAAUCGCAAUUCGCGAAUAAUAAUAAUUUCAAUCUUACUUGAAAGAUCGCUAGAAAUUGUGCGAUUCCUCCUCUAUAAUCACCGAUCCUCUUCCUAUUCAUCACUGUUGUUUCAAAUGGAUACUGAUAAUGACUUCACUUUUUGUCAGGUCAGUACACCUGUGGUGGAAACAAACGAGCUUGUUUCAGAAAUCGCGGAUAUUUCCAUAAAGGAAGAAUCCUCAAAUGCAAGUAGUAGUAAUAACAAUAAUGGUGGUGUCUUAUGGAAGGAUGGUUUAUCAAAUGAUUUUUCAAACUCUAAAAUGGAGGGUACAAUUGGUUCUUUGUCUUUCAGUGUAACUAGCACAGCGAGCAAAUCAACCAAGAGUGAUGCUAAGGAUUCGCCUCAGAAAUUGUCAGAACAGAAGAGUUCUGUUAAAAAGCCAACGGUUCGGGCCAAAGUUCCUUUCGAAAAGGGUUAUAGUCAAAUGGACUGGCUCAAGCUUACUCGAACUCAUCCUGACCUUGCAGGUCUAAAAGGACAGUCGAACAGGAGACUAAUUUCUAUGGAUGAAGUUAGAAAGCACAAAACAGAAGGUGAAAUGUGGACUGUAUUGAAAGGCCGUGUUUACAAUAUAUCACCAUAUAUGAAGUUUCACCCUGGAGGUGUUGAUAUGUUGAUGAAGACAGUGGGAAAAGAUUGCACAUCUCUAUUCAAUAAAUACCAUGCUUGGGUUAACGCGGAAUUCUUACUGGAAAAAUGCCUGGUGGGUACCUUGGAUGAAAGUCAGUGAAGAAUGAAGCUAGCCUUGGUUCAGGUCUCUUCACAGGCCCUCUUCUAUUUACUUGCCAGGAGUCAUUAUUCAAUAAGGAACAGAAACAAACAAUAAAUUCUUCACAUAUACUUGUAUCUGAUUAAAGAAUCCCCUAUCGGAGUUCGUCAUACAAUUAUUGAGUACAGUUGUUCUGUAAUCUGGAAUGUUGUAUUAAAAAUGUAACAAUUCAUAUAUGUUUGUUGACUAUGUUCACAAAGAUAUACUAGUUAGUGUGAUAUUCCUGCAAGUGUAUUUUUACAUCCUGGCAGAGUAAGCAAUUGCUUGCUGCAUACAUAAUUGAAAUAAUACAUUAUUUUGAACGUUCA